UUGCAGGCGCGCGUCCUUCCUCCCCUGCAGCGCAGUUUGCACGAAGCUGCAGCGCCGCAUCCCUCUCGCUUUCUGCAGCCGCGCAUGCAUCGGCUCCGGGAUCGAUCCCCCCCCCCCCCCGUAUCGGAAACCGAUCCGUAGCCGCAUGGUGACGUCACGCCGCUGAUCGGCAAUAGUUGCUGGGCGGGGGGCUGCCAGGGAGGCAGACGGGAGCAGCGGAACCUCCACACCGGAUUAACGAAGCGAAGAAAAACACCAAAUACUCUCCUCUUGCACGAGCGGCGUGCGUGGACGCGCACGGGAUUGUUUGCUGUUUUUGUUUAUUCCGUCGCGGCGGGCGCGUGGGGCAUGUAGCGGGUCCGUCACGGCCGCCCGCGGGGGGAGGAGGAUGGACUGAGCCAGCUGUGGCCUGCUCCUGACGGCAACACCUGGCCGGUGAGCCGCGCCGGGAAGCGGGAGCCCGUCCUUCUGCAGGGUCAGAGGCCGCCUCAGCAGCCAGCCGGCGGCGUACUACCGCGCGCGGAAGGAGGAGGAGGAGGAGGCGGCGGCGGAGAUGGAGGAAGGGGACGGAGAGGGGGAAGGGCCCCUGGCGGUCACAGAGAGGCCGAGCGGUCACGGCAUCCAGCCCAACGCCGGCGGCGGCAGCACCACCACCACCAACAACCUCCUGGCCUCCGUCAAAGAGCAGGAGCUGCAGUUUGAGCGGCUGACUCGGGAGCUGGAGGAGGAGCGGCAGAUCGUGGCCAGCCAGCUGGAGAGGUGCAUGCUGGGAGCCGAGUCCCCGGCGGGAGACAGUAGCAGCUCAUCCGAGAAGUCGUUUGCAUGGAGGUCUGCAGGUGGAGAGUUGCGGGGCGGAGCCUUGGUGGCGUCUGGACGUCAGCUGGAGGCGGAGGACGGGCUCUUCAUGCCCGAACCGGACCGCGCCUCCCUGCAUGACAGUGAGGGCUCGGGGGGCCACUCGGCCCACGUGACCUCGUACUCGGACAGCGGCUACCAGGACAGCAGCGUCAGCUACUACAGCAACCAGAACGUGGUGCGUUCGGAGCCCCGCGCCUCCGUGUCCAGGAGCCCGAGAGCCGAGGGCCAAGCGUCCGGGCAGGUGUCGGGCCGCGUGCUGCGCAGGAUGGCCUCCCUGCCCUCCCGGAGCCAGUCUCCCGGCUGUGGCGCCGUCUCGCCGUCCCGCGUCUCCCUGCGGACGUCCCAGGGCAGCACCUACGACUCGCCCGUCCUCUCGGAGCCCAAACCCCUCGCCGCCGUGUUCCCCGGCACCGCCCUGCCGCCCUCCUGCCCCUCGCCGCCCUCCCCGGCCGACGGCCCGCGGGGCGGCCUGGUCCUCGGGGGAGUCGGGGCGGGCGGGCGUCUGGGCUCCACCCUGUCGCUGGUGGAGGGGCGGUGUCUGACGGGGUCGCCGCUGCGUGCGGGGAUGACGGCGGUGCCGCAGCACUACGGCUCCACGCUGCCGCGGCAGAGCCAGCCGCUGGGCUACGGAGCCGACCCGUACGGGCUGUACCAGAGGGGCGCGCUGCCCCGACCCGACAGCCUCAUAGGGCUUCACAGCUCGUACGCCGACCACUCGGGGCAGAUGGACGCAGAGAUGAGGGCGGCGCUGUCUCCGGACUGCCACAUGACGCCCGUCUUCGAUGAGCGCUCCUUCCACAGCCCCCUGUACCACAGCCCCACCCACGACCCCCAGGGCUCCCUCUACAGGACCAGCGCAGGGGGGAUGGGGACCCUCCCCCGGGCCUCCAGCCAGUGCGGCACGCUGCCGUACCAGAGGAGCAGCUACGGGCUGAGCACCGCCGCCCUGUACGUGGACUCCUACCGGCUCUCCGGGGAGCCCGUCUUCUCCCACCGCCACUCGGGACUGCUGGAUCGAGAGGUCACGCGCACGCCGUCCAUCGAGAGCAUCCACAAGGACCCCAGGGAGUUUGCCUGGCGUGACCCCGAGCUGCAGGAGGUCAUCCACAUGCUGCAGCAUCACUUCCCCUCCGUGCAGGCCAACGCCGCCGCGUACCUGCAGCACCUGUGUUACGGGGACAACGGGGUGAAGGUGGAGGUGUGUCACCUGGGAGGGAUCCAGCACCUGGUGGACCUGCUGGAUCACAAGCUGACGGAGGUCCAGAAGAGCGCCUGCGGGGCCCUGAGGAACCUGGUCUACGGCAAGGCCACCGACAACAACAAGGUGGCGCUGAGGAACUGCGGCGGCGUGCCGGCCCUGCUGCGACUCCUCAGGAAAACCACCGACAACGAAGUGCGGGAGCUGGUCACCGGCGUCCUGUGGAACCUCUCGUCAUGUGACGCGGUGAAGAUGACCAUCAUCCGCGACGCCCUCUCCACGCUCACCAACACCGUGGUCAUCCCCCACUCGGGCUGGAGCAGCCUCUCGCACCGCGACGAGCACAAGGUCAAGUUCCAGUCCUCCCUGCUGCUGCGUAACACCACCGGCUGCCUGAGGAACCUGAGCUCAGCAGGGGAGGAGGCGAGGAGUCAGCUGCGCUGCUGUGAAGGUCUGGUGGACUCGCUGCUUCACGUCCUCAAAGCCUGCGUCAACACCUCCGACUACGACAGCAAGAUCGUGGAGAACAGCGUCUGCACCCUGAGGAACCUCUCGUACCGCCUGGAGGUGGAGAUGCCCUCCUCCCGUCUCCUAGGCAACCAGGAGCUGGACACCCUGCUGGGCUUCUCCUCCCCGGCCAAGGAGCUGGACUACCUCUGCUGGGGCAAGAGGAGGCGCGGCAGGAAGCGCGGCGGCUGGCCCGACGACAAGUGGGACGGCGUGGGGCCGACCCCGGGCUCCUCCCAGUCCCUGAGGGGGGCGGAGCUUCUGUGGCACCCCGUGGUGGUGAAGCCGUACCUCAACCUGCUGGCCGAGAGCUCCAACCCCGCCACGCUGGAAGGCGCCGCCGGGUCGCUGCAGAACCUCUCUGCUGGGAACUGGAAGUUCUCAGCCUACAUCCGAGCAGCGGUGCGUAAGGAGAAAGGUCUGCCCAUCCUGGUGGAGCUGCUGAGGAUGGACAACGACCGGGUCGUCUGCUCCGUCGCCACCGCCCUCCGGAACAUGGCGCUGGACAGCCGCAACAAGGAGCUGAUAGGAAAGUACGCCAUGCGGGACCUGGUGAACCGGCUGCCCGGCGGCGCUCCGCCCGUCCUGUCGGACGAGACGGUGGCGUCCGUCUGCUGCACGCUGCACGAGGUCACCAGCCGCAACGUGGAGAACGCCAAGGCGCUGGCCGACAGCGGCGGCAUCGAGAAGCUGGUGGACAUCAGCAAAGGGCGCGGGAAAGGGUACUCGACGAAGGUGGUGAAGGCGGCGGCGCAGGUGUUGAACACGCUGUGGCAGUACAGAGAGCUGAGGAACCUCUACAAACAGGACGGCUGGAACUACACCCACUUCGUGACCCCGGUCUCCACCCUGGAUCGAGACCGCUACCUGUCCCACCCGACGCUGCCCACCAGCCCGCUGCAGAUGUCCCCCGUCAUCCAAUCGGGCGGCAGCGCGACGUCCUCGCCGGCGAUGCUCGGCAUAAGGAGACACAGUUCAAACUACCAGAGAGCGCAGUCGUCUAUGCAACUCGACACGUAUUACGGAGACAACAGUUUACACAAACAGUACCCAGAGUCCCAGACGAAAACUCCGUACUUCAUCGGGACUUACUCCUCCCAGUCGGGAGAGGAUUUGAGAAGGUCCCAGCACGCAGAGCCGUUCUACGACGAGCCCGACAGGAAGAACUACAACAGCUACAGAAUGUACCUGUCGUCCCCGCAGGGCUACGGGGAGGAGGAGCAGCGCUACGAGGACGAGCCGGGACACCUCGACCCCGCCUCCCCCGACGCGUUCGCCGGCCACUCGCUGCCAUUCAAAGCCAACACCAACUACGUGGACUUCUACUCCACCACGCGGAGGCCUUCCAGCAGGGCCAACAAGUUCACCGGCUCCCCCGACUCCUGGGUGUAGAAAGUGUGUGUGUGUGUGUGUGUGCGUGUGCGUGUGCGUGUGCGUGUGUGUGUGUGUGUGUGUGCGUUUGUCAAAACUGUACCGAAGGACGCGGGCUCAGUUUGACCAUGUGCCACAAUAAUGCAGAUAAAUAUGAACUAUUCCUUUUACUUUGUAAACUGAAGAACCGUGACGUGCUUUUUGUAUAAGUUAGUGAUCUUAACCGUUAACGUGGGAAGGAGGACAAUUGUAACAAUAACAAUCAGCUUUAAUUAUACGACGAUACAAAGCUCGAUAAUAAAAGUCUCAAAUUCGAGAGAAAAAAUGAAUAAAUAAAUAUAAAAUAAAAGUUGCAUUUAAUGCAUUUGUUUAUAGGAACAAUUUUGAAGAAGUAACUUAAAAGUGAAGUUAUGGCUACAAACCGUGAGCAAGUUUCCAUUAAGGUUUUUCUGUAUUAUAAAUAAGAAAACGCCAGUCAGGAAAUCUCAACUUAAGCGUUUGAACCUGAUCUGCAUUACUGUGGACGUGGAUUUGUUUCCCGUGGGCUUCGUCAAAAGCUGCUCGUCUAGAGUGUUUUUCAUUUGUCAUUAGCCAGCAACAUCCUGAGGGAUCCCGUAAGAAGACCCAAUACUAUUAACAAGGAUAAGUCAUAGUGGUACUAUUUGAGUUUAAAUAAACAAAACUGCGAUAAAUAAAACAGACUGUGCUCUAAAAACUUUUAAAAGACUCCUAGAACCGCGGUUACAACUGUGUGUUGGCCAAAAAGUGCAGUAAUAUCAUAAAGUAUGUGAAUUGUGUGGGGGAAAAAAACGUGAAAAUCUAUUUGUACAGGUACAACGGUUUGAGCGUCCUGUCAGUUUGUUGUAUUCAAUAUGUGGAACUUUCUGUGAUUGUGUGAAGAAGAUUUUUCUAUUAUUUAUUAUUUAUUUACUUGUGACCUGACCAAAAUACAUCUGUCUGUUCUGUCCAAAACUGAUGAUAAUGUGCAAUGUUACAGAGGGAAAUAUAUGUAUAGGGAUUAAAGAUUAUAUCAUGA